GCUAAUGCCAUUCAUCUGAUUACUGAUACGUACUCGACGACAAUGAACGUCGACCCUCUCGCAGACACAGCACCGUCUCGGCAUGCCAUCGAAUCCGAUGACGAAGAUGAAUACGACUCACCAUCACUGUCAAAGCCAAAGCCAGACCAGCUAUCUACACCAGACAUCAAGUUCGCUGGAAACUUCCCCAUCAAAUCACCACUCCUCCUGGCUUCAGGUAUUGCAGGUGGAGCAUGGGCGCGUGGUGCGGAUCUCGGCCAGCAGCAAGGCGCUAUCUAUGUCGGCGACAGCCAAGUUGGUCUCCUGUUCUUACCGUCGUGGACGCGCGCUGCAGUGGUCGUGUCCGAAACAUUCACGCGGCUUCCGUUGUCGGCGAUGAACCCUUACACUGCCGCCGUCGUCGACCGCAUACAGCCCACUAGUAUUUCUGUGCUAGACUCAUACUCCGUCCAGGGAUACAUCUCAUCUAGAAUUAUCCCUUGGGACGAAGCGCCUGUACGGUAUCUUUCGACGAAUGCGAUUUCGAUCUCGGACCCUGAGCUUGAACUAUUUGCUCCACCAAAUCUCAUGCAGUCUACGAUGGCCUCUUUAGUCUCUAACGUCUUCUGGAAAUCAUUAGCGUCAAGAGAGAAUUUCACCGUAGCUCUCUUCCUCUUACCAUCACCAAAGCUACCUGUCGUGCCGCCUAGUACAAUUAAACCCUCGAGCUUUCCGCCGCCAUCGGAUGACAUCCAGUGGGGCAAGAAAACCAUGCAGAAAGUCCAUCAGUGGUUGUUUGAGACAAUUGGCGAGGGAAGGCACGUGGCGCAAUGGGUCGAAAGGAAUCGUGGGUCUUCUGAGCUACAGGCUGAAAACAGACGCCGUGCGCAAGGUGAAAUUGGAGAAGGUGGUAUGUAUAUAUAGCCUGUACGGAAACCGAGACAGGGACUGGGGACGUGAUAUCUAUCCAGCGGUCCCAUAAUCGGUGGACGAGAAAUGAAGAUUUUAAAGCCGGAUUCCAUGGGGUCAAAACACAUCAGUAGCCUCAGUCGUAGUUAUCCCAGGUAAAGUACGAGUCCGGGUGCUGUAGACUACUGUUGUCCCGGGGUAUUUACUCAGGGGCCCUGGCUUGAUUAGUGGGGUUACAUAAUCCAAGAUAUAUGUUGAACGCGACAAGAACAAGCAAACCGACUUGCUGCUAAAGGGUAGAUAUGGUGAGAUCU